AUGUCCGAAGAAGAAUUGCUUUUAGGUUCGGAUAUUGAGCUCACGUCAAGCGGUAUCUCUACCGCGAACAAUGCGGGAGUUCACUCGCGAGUAAGGUUUCAAGAACCAGAGACGGCUGGUUCCACGAGUACGCCGAGCAUGCCUCAAUCGAGAUCAAAGAAACAACCGUAUCCUCUAAUGAUAAAUACUGAUCAAUCUACCAGCAAUGCUUCUGGUAGUCGUUCCAAACCCAUUGCACCAUUACGAACUACAAAAACUUCACAAAAGUUAGUGUUGCUUCCCGAAGAAACUGGUGCGCCGGCGCCGAUGGCCACUCUUAUCGAAGAUUUGUCUGACGCCGCCGAAACACCCAUCACCCCAUCAGUUUCGCAGCCGAUUUUUGAUUUCUAUGAACGCACGGAUGCAGAAAGGAUGAAUAAAGAAGUUAGAAAUGACGCAAAAUAUCCAAGGGUGACAGCCUAUUGUACAGCUGAAGGAUAUUACCUCGGAGUUCUCAUGGAAUUCCUGAAAAAGGAACACAAUGUUCAACCAAAGCGAUAUGAUGAGUGCGUUUACGCUCCAUAUCACUUUCCAUUACUUUCCGGGCGAAAUGCAAAGCUCAUUUCGUCAGCUCCCACGAGAUCGCCGAAUGGUCAUACGUUCAUGGACAGGCAGAUUGAGAAUUACGAGAAUGGAAAUGGCAUAAAUCCAUAUUUCGUGACCGACGAAAUAUUUGAUAAUGAUGAACGUGGUGUUGAAGUGCCAAUGAAGACAACUCCGAGCGCCUUAGAUAACAUAGGAGAAAUUUUUUAUUUUGAUUAUGGAGUUGUGGUUUUUUGGAACCUCACGGAAGAGCAAGAAUUCUUGUGCCUUGACGACCUUGCUUCAGCCGGUGUUACCGUUCGUCCGUUGAAGAAAGAAGAUAUUGAAAGCGAGACUUUUCAUUUUCAAUAUGACUUCAAUUCCACCAGGCAACCCAGAAUUUUUAACGACAUGAUUACCUUGAAGACCGACAACCACAUGAUUAAACUCACGAUCAGCCAUGCCCUGAGUCAGAGUACAAAGUUGACUUUAUACGAGUGGCAGAUGGAGGAUACAAUCGAGAAGACAAGUCAUAUACCGAAAAUGUUGGCUCAAACAGGGAGAAAUCGUACCCUAGUCACAAAGUUAACCGGUGAAUUAUUCAAAUUAAGGAUGCAAGUCAAUCUUGUUUCCAAUGUAUUAGACACUCCAGAAAUAUUUUGGUCCGAACCCUCUUUACAACCUUUGUACAAUGCCAUUCGAGCAUACCUCGAGAUUUCUCAACGGGCUAAAUUGCUGAAUGAACGAUGUAAUGUCCUAAGCGAUUUACUUGACAUGUUACGCGAAGACGUUGGCAACACCAAUAUGACAAAGAUCACGUGGAUUAUCAUUUGGUUGAUCGUGGUUGCAGUUUUGGUGGCAAUUGGCGAGAUUGCUGUGAAAGCGUUAAACCACUAUGGUUAA